UAACAGUAGACAACAGUGUGUGACAGUCUUGCAGUGAAACCAUUCUCUAUACAUGUAUACCGAGGUGACAGUGCUGUACUUCGCUAAGAGCGCAGAGCUAACUGGGCUGAAGUCAGAGGACAUCAGUCUGCCAUCGUCAUUAACAUCCCUGCAACUGUGGGAGGAAUUAGAGAAAAGGCACCCAAGACUGUCAGUAUUGCGCGAGCAGGUGGUGCUCGCUGUUCGUCAAGAGUACGUAACUUUGGGUGAUCAACUUGUGGACUUGAGACUCGGUGACGAGAUCGCCAUCAUACCGCCCCUGAGUGGUGGAUAGAUAGGUGGGCGGGAAUCUAGUC